AUGAAGACCAGAGAAUACAUGAUGAAGACCAGAGAAUACAUGAUGAAGACCAGAGAAUACAAGAUGAAGACCAGAGAAUACAUGAUGAAGACCAGAGAAUACAUGAUGAAGACCAGAGAAUACAGAGAGAGAAACAGAGUGAGAAACAGAGAAUACAGAAAGUAUGACAUCAUUCAUGUGUGUAACAGAAUUAUUUAUAUUUUAACAGUGAACGUGACUCUGGAUGCUGAUUCAGCUCAUCCUCGUCUCAUUGUGUCUCAUGAUGGGAAACAAGUGAGAUAUGAAGAAAAACAACAUGUAGGAGUGAAGAAUGAAGAUAAAGGACAAAAUAACAAGUUUGAUGAAUGGUUCUGUAUUGUUGGAAAUGAAGGAUUCUCUUCAGGGUGUUUUUAUUAUGAGGUGCAGGUGAAGGGGGCAGAUUGGUGGUGUGUGGGUGUGACCAGAGAAUCUGCUCAGAGGAAGGGAGAGUUAUAUGUGGAUACUAAGUAUGGAUACUGGACCGUGGGUUUGAGUGGUGGGCAAUAUUAUGCUGGUGACGUUCAUCGUCUUUUUCUGAGUGUGAAUCCUGAGAAGAUCGGGUUGUUUGUGGAUUAUGAGAAGGGUCGAGUCUCAUUUUAUGAUGUGAAGUCCAUGUGUCAUAUUCACAGUUUUACUGAUCAAUCUUUCACUGAGACUCUAUUUCCUUUUAUACAUUUGGGUUCUAAAUAUUUUUACAGCUCUGUUCCACUCAUCAUCUGUAGUGAUCUCUUAUGAGAUCUGAUAAACAUCUGAUCUGAAUAUGAAGUGAGGAGAGAAUAACAGACAGAGAACAGAAUAAACACUUUCAUGAACAACAGGAUCUUGUGAUUAUAAAUUCAGUUUUAGGAUUAAAAAUGAGGAAAUAUAAACUCUUGACUUCAGUUUGUCUUUAAUGAUGUUAAAUGUGGUCAAUAGAUGAAUGUGUGUGUGAGACUCAACAUUAUAUCAG